CCCCGCGCGGUGGUACGGUCCGGGUUUAAAAGGCUCCGGCGGCCCCCGGGCCAGCCCAGUGUGUGGGCGGCGGCGGCGGCUGCGCGCGUGGGGCCCGGGGCGCGCGAGCGGAGCCGCGGUGGGGCUCGGGGGCGCGUCCACGUGGCCAGAGGGCGGCCACCCGGAGCCAGCGGAGGGACAGGCCUGUCCCCAGGCGCGGCUGCCGGCCAUGCCCUCUGUCUGCCUCCUUCUGCUGCUCUUCCUUACCGUGGGGGGGGCCCUGGGCAACAGGCCCUUCCGUGCCUUCGUGGUGACAGACACCACGCUUACCCACUUGGCUGUGCACCGGGUGACUGGGGAGGUGUUCGUGGGUGCAGUGAACCGAGUCUUUAAGCUGGCCCCCAACCUGACUGAGCUGCGGGCCCAUGUCACGGGGCCCGUCGAGGACAACGCUCGCUGCUACCCGCCCCCCAGCAUGCGCGUGUGUGCCCACCGCCUGGCCCCCGUGGACAAUAUCAACAAGCUGCUGCUCAUAGACUAUGCGGCCCGCCGCCUGGUGGCCUGCGGCAGCAUCUGGCAGGGCAUCUGCCAGUUCCUGCGCCUGGACGACCUCUUCAAGCUGGGUGAGCCGCACCACCGCAAGGAGCACUACCUGUCAGGGGCCCAGGAGCCCGACUCCAUGGCUGGUGUCAUUGUGGAGCAGGGCCAGGGGCCCAGCAAGCUGUUCGUGGGCACUGCUGUUGACGGCAAGUCGGAGUACUUCCCCACCUUGAGCUCCCGCAAACUCAUCAGUGAUGAAGACAGCGCGGACAUGUUCAGUCUUGUGUACCAGGAUGAGUUUGUCUCCUCCCAGAUCAAGAUCCCCUCAGACACACUGUCCUUGUACCCUGCCUUUGACAUCUACUACAUCUACGGCUUCGUCAGCGCCUCCUUCGUGUACUUCCUGACGCUGCAGCUGGACACCCAGCAGACGCUGCUGGACACAGCGGGCGAGAAAUUCUUCACGUCCAAGAUUGUGCGCAUGUGCGCGGGGGACUCAGAGUUCUACUCAUACGUGGAAUUCCCCAUCGGCUGCUCCUGGCGCGGCGUGGAGUACCGCUUGGUGCAGAGCGCCCACCUGGCCAAGCCUGGCCUGCUGCUGGCCCAGGCCCUGGGUGUGCCGGCUGAUGAGGACGUCCUCUUCAUCAUCUUCUCUCAGGGCCAGAAGAACCGGGCCAGCCCACCCCGGCAGACCAUCCUCUGCCUCUUCACCCUCAGCAACAUCAAUGCCCACAUCCGGCGCCGCAUCCAGUCCUGCUAUCGUGGGGAGGGCACUCUGGCUCUGCCCUGGCUGCUGAACAAGGAGCUGCCCUGCAUCAACACCGUGAGCCCCUCAUCACCCCACACUGGUCCUCUGCCCUGUCCCAGGUCUGCCAUGCCCAGCGUGGCCUCACGGCCAGUCAUCCUGUCCCAGGCUUUGCCAUGGCCCUGGGAGUGGCACCUUUGCCCUUCCACCUGUUUCUCCCUCCCAGGGGUCCCUGCCCUCUCCUUCCCUCUCUCUGGCCUGCCGAGUGCCCCACUUCUGCUUCCAUUCCCAGCUCGUUCCUCCUUGCUCCGUCUCCUGGUUGCCCCUUGUCUUGAGCCAACAAGAGUCUUGUGGGCCCAGGCUUCGCUCCUCCCUCCCUGCUGUCCCUCCUCUGUCUCCCUCCGCAGCCACCAAUUUCCUGGAGCACCCUCGGGCGAGCAGUCAGGCCUGGCUGGAGGGGACCGAGUUGUAGAUCCUGCUGUCUUCUGGGACACAGGAACUGCCGGCCUCCAUCUGGCUGCUGUGUGCUUGCGCCUGGGAACUUUGACUCUCACGGGUUCCUCCUCUGUUUCACCAGCCCAUGCAGAUCAACGGCAACUUCUGCGGGCUGGUGUUGAACCAGCCUCUGGGAGGCCUGCGUGUGAUCGAGGGGCUGCCCCUGCUGGCCGACAGCACCGACGGCAUGGCCAGCGUAGCCGCCUACACCUACCGCCAGCACUCUGUGGUCUUCAUUGGCACGCGCAGCGGCAGCCUGAAGAAGCUGCUUCCACUGGAGAUCUGGGGGUAGCUUGGCGUGAAGGGGGAGAUGAACUCCUGGGCACUCAGGUGCGGGUCGAUGGCUCCCAGGAUGCCCACCUGUAUGAGACAGUCCCCGUGGUAGAUGGCAGCCCCAUCCUCCGAGACCUGCUCUUCAGCCCGGACCACCGGCACAUCUAUCUCCUGAGUGAGAAGCAGGUGAGCCAGCUCCCGGUGGAGACCUGUGAGCAGUACCAGAGCUGCGCAGCCUGCCUGGGCUCCGGGGACCCACACUGUGGUUGGUGUGUGCUGCAGCACAGGUGCUGCCGCGAAGGGGCCUGUCUGGGCGCCUCUGCCCCACACGGCUUUGCUGAGGAGCUGAGCAAGUGUGUCCAGGUGCGGGUCCGGCCCAACAAUGUGUCAGUGACGUCGCCUGGGGUGCAGCUGACCGUCACCCUGCACAACGUGCCAGACCUCAGUGCGGGCGUGAGCUGUGCCUUCGAGGAGGCGGCGGAGAGCGAGGCGAUCCUGCUGCCCUCCGGUGAACUGCUCUGCCCCUCACCCUCCCUCCAGGAGCUCCGAGCUCUUACCAGGGGGCACGGGGCCACCCGCACCGUGCGGCUGCAGCUUCUCUCCAAGGAGACAGGCGUGAGGUUUGCUGGUGCUGACUUUGUCUUCUACAACUGCAGCGUCCUCCAGUCGUGCAUGUCCUGUGUUGGCAGCCCUUACCCCUGCCACUGGUGUAAGUACCGCCACGCGUGUACCAGCCGCCCCCACGAGUGCUCCUUCCAGGAGGGCAGGGUCCAUAGCCCUGAGGGCUGCCCUGAGAUCCUGCCCAGUGGGGACCUCCUGAUCCCCGUUGGGGUCAUGCAGCCUCUUACCUUGCGGGCUAAGAACCUACCUCAGCCGCAGUCGGGCCAGAAGAACUAUGAGUGCGUGGUGCGGGUGCAGGGGCGGCAGCAGCGGGUGCCUGCCGUGCGCUUCAACAGCAGCAGUGUGCAGUGCCAGAACGCCUCGUACUCCUAUGAAGGUGAUGAGCAUGGUGACACCGAGCUGGACUUCUCCGUGGUCUGGGAUGGAGACUUCCCCAUAGACAAGCCUCCCAGCUUCCGAGCCCUCCUGUACAAGUGCUGGGCUCAGCGGCCCAGCUGUGGCCUCUGCCUCAAGGCUGAUCCCCGCUUCAACUGUGGCUGGUGCAUCUCAGAGCACAGGUGCCAGCUGCGGACCCACUGCCCGGCCCCGAAGACCAACUGGAUGCACCUGAGCCAGAAGGGCACCCGGUGCAGCCACCCCCGCAUCACGCAGAUCCACCCUCUCGUGGGGCCCAAGGAAGGAGGCACCCGGGUCACCAUCGUGGGUGAGAACCUGGGCCUCUUGUCCCGAGAGGUGGGCCUGCGGGUGGCUGGCGUGCGUUGCAACUCCAUCCCGGCCGAGUACAUCAGUGCUGAGAGGAUCGUGUGUGAGAUGGAGGAGUCGCUGGUGCCCAGCCCGCUGCCGGGGCCCGUGGAGCUGUGUGUAGGUGACUGUUCAGCUGACUUCCGCACGCAGUCGGAGCAGCUCUACAGCUUUGUGACCCCAACGUUUGACCAAGUGAGUCCCAGCCGUGGCCCGGCGUCAGGGGGCACACGGCUCACCAUCUCAGGCAGCUCUCUGGAUGCUGGCAGCAGGGUCACAGUGACUGUGAGGGACAGCGAGUGCCAGUUUGUAAGGAGAGAUGCCAAGGCGAUCGUGUGCAUCUCACCUGUCUCCACCCUGGGCCCCAGCCAGGCCCCCAUCACACUUGCCAUUGACCGGGCUAACAUCUCCAGCCCCGGGGUCAUCUACACCUACACUCAGGACCCCACCGUCACCCGCCUUGAGCCCACCUGGAGCAUCAUCAAUGGAAGCACUGCCAUCACUGUGAGUGGGACCCACCUGCUGACGGUCCAGGAGCCCCGGGUCCGUGCCAAGUACCGCGGCAUCGAGACCACCAAUACAUGCCAGGUGAUCAACGACACUGCCAUGCUGUGUAAGGCCCCUGGCAUCUUUCUUGGGCGGCCCCAGCCUCGGGCGCAAGGCGAGCACCCUGAUGAGUUUGGCUUCCUGCUGGACCACGUGCAAACAGCCCGCUCCCUCAACCGCUCCUCUUUUACCUACUACCCUGAUCCCAGCUUUGAGCCGCUGGGGCCCUCUGGCGUGCUGGACGUCAAACCGGGCUCCCACGUGGUGCUGAAGGGCAAGAACCUGAUUCCCGCGGCAGCUGGCAGCUCCCGCCUCAACUACACUGUGCUGAUAGGGGGCCAGCCGUGUUCACUCACAGUCUCGGACACACAACUCUUGUGCGACUCACCCAGCCAGACUGGCCGGCAGCCUGUCAUGGUGCUGGUGGGUGGCCUGGAGUUCUGGCUGGGCACCCUGCACAUCUCGGCAGAGCGGGCGCUCACCCUACCGGCCAUGAUGGGGCUGGCGGCGGGGGGUGGGCUCCUGCUGCUGGCCAUCACGGCUGUACUGGUGGCCUACAAGCGCAAGACUCAGGACGCGGACCGUACCCUCAAGCGUCUGCAGCUGCAGAUGGACAACCUGGAGUCCCGCGUGGCCCUGGAGUGCAAGGAAGCUUUCGCAGAGCUGCAGACAGACAUCAAUGAGCUGACUAACCACAUGGACGAGGUGCAGAUCCCCUUCCUGGACUACCGGACUUAUGCCGUGCGCGUGCUCUUCCCGGGCAUCGAGGCCCACCCGGUGCUCAAGGAGCUGGAUACGCCACCCAACGUGGAGAAGGCCCUGCGCCUCUUCGGGCAGCUGCUGCACAGCCGCGCCUUUGUGCUUACCUUCAUCCACACGCUGGAGGCCCAGAGCAGCUUCUCCAUGCGUGACCGCGGCACCGUGGCCUCGCUCACCAUGGUGGCCCUGCAGAGCCGGCUCGACUAUGCCACGGGGCUGCUCAAGCAACUGCUGGCUGACCUCAUCGAGAAAAACCUCGAGAGCAAGAACCACCCCAAGCUGCUGCUACGCAGGACAGAGUCAGUGGCUGAGAAGAUGCUUACCAACUGGUUCACAUUCCUGCUGCAUAAGUUUCUGAAGGAGUGCGCUGGGGAGCCUCUCUUCCUGCUUUACUGUGCCAUCAAGCAGCAGAUGGAGAAGGGCCCCAUUGAUGCCAUCACGGGCGAGGCACGAUACUCCCUGAGCGAGGACAAGCUCAUCCGUCAGCAGAUCGACUACAAGACACUGACCCUUCACUGCGUGUGUCCGGAGAACGAGAGCAGUGCCCAGGUCCCAGUGAAGGUUCUCAACUGUGACAGCAUCACCCAGGCCAAAGAUAAGCUGCUGGACACUGUGUACAAGGGCAUUCCGUACUCCCAGCGCCCCAAAGCUGAGGACAUGGACCUGGAGUGGCGCCAGGGCCGCAUGACUCGCAUCAUCCUCCAGGAUGAGGAUGUCACCACCAAGAUCGAGUGUGACUGGAAGAGGCUCAACUCACUGGCCCACUACCAGGUGACAGAUGGUUCCUUGGUGGCAUUGGUGCCCAAACAAGUGUCUGCCUAUAACAUGGCCAACUCCUUCACCUUCACCCGCUCCCUCAGCCGCUACGAGAGCUUGCUCCGCACGGCCAGCAGCCCUGAUAGCCUCCGCUCACGGGCACCCAUGAUUACGCCUGACCAGGAGACGGGCACCAAAUUGUGGCACCUGGUGAAAAACCACGACCAUGCCGACCAUCGCGAGGGGGACCGUGGCAGCAAGAUGGUCUCCGAGAUCUACCUGACACGGCUGCUGGCCACCAAGGGCACACUGCAGAAGUUCGUGGAUGACCUCUUUGAGACAGUGUUCAGCACAGCCCACCGGGGCUCGGCCCUGCCCCUGGCCAUCAAGUACAUGUUCGACUUCCUGGAUGAGCAGGCGGACCAGCGCCAGAUCAGCGACCCCGACGUGCGCCACACCUGGAAGAGCAACUGCCUGCCGCUGCGCUUCUGGGUGAAUGUGAUCAAGAACCCGCAGUUCGUGUUUGACAUCCACAAGAACAGCAUCACGGAUGCCUGCCUGUCGGUGGUAGCCCAGACCUUCAUGGACUCCUGCUCUACAUCCGAGCACCGCCUGGGGAAGGACUCGCCCUCCAACAAACUGCUCUACGCCAAGGACAUCCCCAACUACAAGAGCUGGGUGGAGAGGUAUUAUCGAGACAUUGCAAAGAUGGCAUCCAUCAGCGACCAGGACAUGGAUGCCUACCUGGUGGAGCAGUCCCGCCUCCACGCCAGCGACUUCAAUGUCCUGAGUGCACUCAGUGAGCUCUACUUCUAUGUCACCAAGUACCGCCAGGAGAUUCUCACGGCUCUGGACCGAGAUGCCUCUUGUCGGAAGCAUAAGUUGCGGCAGAAACUGGAACAGAUCAUCAGCCUCGUGUCCAGCGACAGCUAAGGUGGUGGAAUCGGUGAGGAGGGGGCUUCUCAGUCCUGUGCCAUCCUCCCAUCCAGGGGAGUGGCUGGCUCAAGCCUGGGUCCCUGGGCUGAGUCCUGGAUUGGGUAUCGUGGGGCAGGUCACCCUGGCCACGAUGCCCCCAGCACACCGAGGCCCCCUUCAUUAGUGCCUUGCUUUGGGCCCUGCAGGGGGAGGGGUGACAGGGCGAGCCCCCACCCCAGCAGCAGCAAUACCCCCACCCUCCUGCCCUGUGGCCAGGUGUUGGGACAGCCCCACCCUCCCUGCUAUUUAUAUCCCUCUGCCUAUUUAUUGAAUCGAACUUCGCCUCCGUCUCCAUCUGUAAAUAUGUGUCCCCCACCGGAUGUCGCCAGCCUCACUCACCUGCCUCUCCUUGAGUUGUCCUGGGCCCUGCCACCUGUCUGGUUUCCUUUGUGUAGCAUUAUCAGCCUUGGUCUGGCCUCUGGCACCUCACCCUUGCCAUGGCUGACCCCACCCAUUCCAAGGCAGGGUCACGGUACUAGCAGCACUUGGGGUGAGGCCUCCAAAGCUUUCUCAGAAUUGUGGCUGUGCCACGCUGGACCACAGGGUCCCCCUCAAGCAUCUUGGGGCCCUAUUCCCUCUGAGCACCUGGAGAGCUGGACUCAGGCUUGUGCCAGGGCCUGACUUGGGCCUGGGGGCCCUAGAACGCUCCUCCUCCUGAGCCUACUGCCAAACGUCCUCAGUGUUGUCUGCACCUGCUCCAACUCCUUCAGCCGCCCCAUUCAGCGCCCGCUCCAUCCAGCGCCCGCCCUGUGGGGCCAAGGUGGCCGUGCCUUACUACUCUAUGUCUUCUGCCUCCUCUGAGGAAUCUGGCCCUGUCUCACAGUCCCAGACCCCCUGUUCUCUCCUCUUUAGUUGCAUGAGUUUUUCUUUGUUCAUGGAAUGUUUUUUCCUGAUUAAAUGUUGGGGAAAUGCCA